GCAGCGCGCGUGCGCAGCCUCCGAAAGUGGGCGGAGACGGUUAUGCAGGGAGGGCGGGGCGAGGGGGUUCAAUCGCGCUGGUCAAAAUGGCGGAACGCGGGUACAGCUUCUCCCUCACCACUUUCAGCCCUUCUGGAAAGCUUGUUCAGAUUGAAUAUGCUUUGGCAGCUGUUGCCGCAGGAGCCCCAUCAGUUGGAAUUAAAGCUUCAAAUGGCGUGGUACUGGCAACAGAAAAAAAGCAGAAAUCCAUUCUGUAUGAUGAACGAAGUGUACACAAAGUGAAUAAAUCAGGGCCUACUUGUUUCAUUGUCUAUCUUACCCAUCCCUAAGGUCUGAGUCAGGUAAAAAUAAGUUUUACUAAUCCAAUUAAAAUGUCCAUUGAAACAGGACAAAAAUGAAUCCGCUCUUUAAAAAUG